UGCAGCCCAAGAACCAGGAACCUAAUUAGUAUAUUAAACCACCACUCCAGCAGCAGCAGCGGCAGCAGCUUCAAUUCAUCAUUAGCGCGCUUUAUUUGCAGUCGCCCGUGAUCGAUCCAUGGCGCCCAUCAGCCACGACGACGACUACGUCUCCCUCUGCCUCAUGGCCCUCGCCGCCGCGGGGGGCGGAGCCCAGGCUACUGCGCCGCGGCAGCACACGGCUGCUGCUGCUGCUGCUGCUUGCUGGACGACGGCGGCGGCCCAGCAGGAGCGCGAGCUCCGCUUCCGGUGCUCCGUCUGCGGCAAGGCGUUCGCGUCCCACCAGGCGCUGGGCGGGCACAAGGCCAGCCACCGGAAGCCGCCGCCGCCGCCGGCCCUGCUGCAGGUGCAGGCGGCGGCGGCGGCGGCGGCGGCGUCGGCGUCUGCCGGAGACGCGGCGUCGUCGGGCGGCGGGCAGCACCGGUGCUCGGUGUGCCACCGGGGCUUCGCCACCGGGCAGGCGCUCGGCGGGCACAAGCGGUGCCACUACUGGGACGGGCUGUCGGUGUCUGUCACGGCGUCCGCGUCGGGGUCCGGCUCCAGCAUCAAGGACUUUGAUCUGAACAUGAUGCCGGCGGCGGCGGCGGCAGCCGCCGGAGCGAGGAGGUGGGGAGAGGAGGAGGAGGUGCAGAGCCCCUUGCCGCUCAAGAAGAGGCGGCUGUCGUCGGGUCCUUCCUUGGACCUUAGUUUAACGAUUUAGUUAUAGCAUUUACUGCACAUGCUGAGUUUUUUUAAGGCGUAGGUAUAGAGUUUGUGAUAACGUAGCCCAUUCGUUAAUUGUUUAGUAUAGAUUAGCAAUUCGUGUAGUGGUGAAUAAAAUUGUGUUUUAUUUUGUGUCCUUAUCA